GCAAGUUGAGCAAGUAUUUGUUCUAAACACAUACUAAAUAGGUUUUUAAUUUAAAGAUAAUGUUUGAACUUAUCUUUGCUGCAAACUAUCAAAGUAAUAUAAAAUUUGUGUUAAUAUAGAGUCAUCUUUCAGGUUUAUAAGUACUAUUUAGGAAAAAUAAACUUGACAAAUAUGGACCAUAAAGUGAUAUUAAAGGAUGACUAUUCCCUAUUUGUGAAAUAUCAGAUAUACAUGGUAUUGGUCUCAUGGGUUAUAGUGGUAGGACCUAGCAUUUUGUGUAUUUAUAUAUUUUAAGCAAAUGGUGCCUAAAAUACAAUAUUAUUAAGUAGUCCUGAAAAUAAUAAAUUCUUGCAAAUAAUUCUUGUUCUCUCUAAAAUUUGGCUUUCACUCCUACCACUAUAAUGAAACUAUAUUUUUUAGAGAUCUCCAUUUACUAAGUCAUUUCUCAAACCUCUUAACCUCUUCUUUGUACAAUAUUUGGCAAUCUUAAAGUCUUAAAAGUUUUCUUCCUAUACUCUAAUACUACCAGCCAAGUUUUUCUUCCUCGGCUUAGUUUUCUUUGCAUCCUUUUCUAGUUCCAACUGUAUAACUCUUUAACUGUUUGAUGAAUGUUUCUGUAUGGCUGAAACCUAAACUUAUUUUGUAAUUAUUACCUCUAUCCAUGCAUUUUUAUAGUGUGAGAUUCUUUUCCAUCUUCCCCCUAAGGGAAUGAUCCAGUUUUAGAUAGUCUAAAUUUCUUGAUUGUUCCACAAAGUAUCCUGGUUUGUUCCUGCCAUCCAGUAUAAGGCAACAUGGACAAAUCUAAAGAAAACAGUGUUUCAGGACCUAGCAACAAGACAACAAUUCUACUUGGAGAAGGUCCAAAACGUGUGCCUGUAACUCAGCAUAUUUCUUCCCAGAAUCGGUUACCUGCAAGCAGUGGGCAAGCUCAACGAGUCUUACGUCCUUCAAAUACUCUUCUAGUUUCUUCUCAGACACAAAAGAAUGUCUCUAGUCACAAAGCAGUUCAGACUCAACAGUCACAGAAGUUACAGCCAGCAGCGGUAAUUCCUCCUACAUCAAGACCACCAAAUAACACUCAAAACACUGAGCAGUCUCAGACAGCAGUGUCUGCAAGUGCUCCUGGAAAGGGAGAAACACCAAAGCAGAAAAACGAGGAAACAAAAAAAAGGCAGUGGGCAUUGGAUGACUUUGAAAUUGGUCGCCCUUUGGGAAAAGGAAAGUUUGGAAAUGUUUACUUGGCACGAGAGAAGCAGAGCAAGUUUAUCCUGGCUCUUAAAGUACUCUUUAAGGCCCAACUGGAAAAAGCAGGAGUUGAACAUCAACUGAGGCGAGAAGUAGAAAUACAGUCUCAUCUUAGGCAUCCUAAUAUUUUGAGAUUAUAUGGUUAUUUUCAUGAUGCCACAAGAGUUUACCUAAUUCUAGAAUAUGCACCUCGUGGAGAAGUUUAUAGAGAGCUUCAAAAGCUUUCAAAGUUUGAUGAACAAAGAACGGCUACUUAUAUCACAGAGCUGGCAGAUGCCUUAUCAUAUUGCCACUCAAAAAAGGUGAUUCAUCGAGACAUUAAGCCAGAGAAUUUACUACUUGGAUCAGAUGGCGAGCUGAAGAUUGCAGAUUUUGGCUGGUCAGUUCAUGCUCCAUCAUCUAGGAGGACAACUCUUUGUGGCACACUUGACUAUCUACCUCCUGAGAUGAUUGAAGGCAGAAUGCAUGAUGAAAAGGUGGACCUAUGGAGUCUUGGAGUUCUAUGCUAUGAAUUUCUAGUAGGAAAACCUCCUUUUGAGGCAGAAACAUAUCAAGAAACUUACAGAAGCAUUUCAAAGGUUGAAUAUAAAUUCCCUGACUUUGUAACAGAAGGGGCUAGGGAUCUCAUUUCAAGACUUUUGAAGCAUAAUCCUUACCAAAGGCUGACACUAAAGGAGCUCCUUGAACAUCCUUGGAUCAUAGCAAAUUCUUCAAAAUCACCAAGCAACCAAAAAAGCAAAGAAUCAAAUAGUGUAAAGUCUUAAGAUUCUUAACUUCUGGGAAAUUUGAGCCAAGAUUACUAUAUUACCAUACAAGAAAUGCUACUGAAGUGGGAAGUAGUUUUGAGAAAUUGCAUUCUCUCUGGGCCAUUGAAAGGAAAAAAAAAUUAACUUGAAUGAUCAAUACCUUAACUUGUACUCAUUCUGUUCUUCAGUUCUGUAAGUUAAGUGAGAAAACUCAACUACACUUAAAUGUUCUGAAAUAAGACAGUUGAAGGAAUAAAAGCAAAUAAAAAUUCCUGUUGCAUAUUGGUUCAGUCCUCUGAGGCAGGCUGACACAGAGGAGCUGCCAAAGAGUCUAUGUUAAGAUGGCCUAGACACAGAAUGUUGAAUUUGCUGAGAAAGUUGGACUAUAAUUGUCCUCAUCUUGGUGUCUUUUAAAGGACAGUGCAAUAACUUUCCAAUAACCCUAAGUGUUGUUGUUGUUGUUGUUUUAAUUUAUUGGGCAGAUGAGGCUUUUGUCAUGUGGUCUGAAUCUGAACAAAACUGGUAAAUCUCUAUGAACACUGAUUUUCUUUUCUAUUCUGUUUGAAUGUUGACUGUCCUACCAAUUUAUUAAAUAAAGACUUGUUUCAAAGUAUAUUCUUUGUACUUGAUGAAUGGAAAAACAAGGAUCUCAUUAGGAUAUUUCUUUCUUAUAGUGGCAGCCAACAGAAGGUUGUACGUAAAGGUUUGGUAUGUUUUAUAACUAAGCAAGCCAGGGAAAAUGCUCAGGGUUGAAAGUUAACAACAUCAUUACCUACGUAUAUUUAGGAAUAAUGUCUGUUGCAAAGAAAGACUACUGUAACCACUUCCUGAAGUUUUUAUAACUGCACUAGAAUCAUUUGCUAAAGUAAUUUACCUUAUACCAUGAUUAUAAGUUUUGGUAAAAAUAUUGACUGACAAAAUAAAAGAAUUUCAA